AUGAAAAUUUACCCAGUACGUUCGUUCUUCCUCAAGAACAACUCAAAACAACCUCAGAUCAGCACAAUAUACCAUAGUCAACAUGGAAAUGACCCCGAACCUGCUUACUCCUUACGCGCGCUUGACCCCGCCUCCCCAACAUCACAAAACCGCUAUGGAGUCGCGCUGUACGACCCUUAUGUAACAGACGUUGUCUAUGGCGAGGUCGCUGUAGCUCCAGAUUGGACCCAACCGAGUCUGUCGGCGGACGCAAUACGAGCAAAUGGCGGCUCUGUACCGGCCCCAGAACCUAUCCUCCCUACCGAGUUCACCAUCCAGCUCUACAACCCUGACCAAAAGAUCACAGUGAAAUAUCGUACCAAAUCGUGGAACAAACCAGCCCGCUGGGAAUUUGAGAUGCCACAAAAGACAUUCCGGGUUCCAUCCGCUUCAGCGCUAGAUCAGACACAGAUCGAUCCUUCCCUUGCAGACGUUACUCCGAAGUUGAGGUUCAGCUGGCGCAAGGAUGGGAAACUGUCAAAGGAUUUGACAUGUCUGUUGCACGGCAAGACUUCCACGAUCCCCGACACGCGCACAAAGAGCCGUGAACCAGAUAUCACGGUCGCUCUAUUUCAAGGGCUGAAGGAGCUGACUCUCUACGAGCCCAAUCUCUAUCGCGUCGAGAUGGAAGAUUUCAAGGGGUUGGAGGUCGUGCUGCUCUUGGCUGCCGUUGCAAUUCGAGAUAUUUUCUUCGGGCCUGCCAAGGAGGCUUUUCACAUCACCCCCGGUGGGCCGAACCAAGCUCGCAAGCAAACAGUAGGGCCAACCGCAACUGCAGCGACGGUCACGCCAGCUAGUGAUCCCAGGAUUGACCGGAAGAGCCCACAGACACGACCUCCUGGGCCAGCAAUGAGUGGAAAGCCAUCGCCGCCUCGGCUCAGCAUCCCGAACUCCUCAUCUCCGGCCCCACAAGAGAGGAGGCGACAGGACGAACUCGCAAGACAGGAAGAGGAGCGACGAACCCAGGAAGUUCUCGCCGCAGAACAAAAAGCACGGCGUCAGCGGGAAGCAGAAGUCGAGAAAGAAACCAAACGCCUACAGCAGUUAUACGGAAAAGAAGAAGAGCAAGCGCGAAAGCAACAGCAUACCCCGGCUCCAUCUUCCAGGCCGCACCUUCCGCCCCGGCAUACCGGACCCCCUCAACCUUUCCACCAAUACUCUCAAUCCUCAUUCCAACUUUCUUCCCAACCCGCAGCCCGUCCAUCCUAUCAUCAACAAUAUUCCCACGGCGCCAACGGCCCAUACCUCCAGGGGCGCAUGGAUCCCCGAGCCCAAUCCUCCACCCACCUCAUGCAGUCGCGACCACAACAACCACGCCCGCAACCCCGACCACAGUCUACCGUUGGGUUCCACCAACAUCCUACCAGCAGCGGUGCUCUCCCGGCGGCGUCGAGGCCGACACCUCAAAUCGAGCCGAAAAAGAGCAGUUUCUUUGGGUUCCGGCGCCACAAGGAGGGAAACAAUGCUACCAAGCUUGAAAAAAAGAGGAGUUCUAUGUUCUGA